AUGAUGAUUUAUUUAACACGUUGGUCCAUGUUAUAUACAAGUCUAUACAUAUUAGUCUAUUUAAUUUAUCAAUCAAAAUUAAUAUGGACAUUAUCUAAUUCAUCUAUUUAUUCCUAUACAUAUACUACUUAUAUCCCAUCAGUAAUAUUCAAUAGUCAUGAAUUAGUAGUAAAUAAGAUUCAUCAUCAUCAUCAUCAUCAUCAUCAUCAUCCUAAACAAAUCCAGUUAAAUUGUCCAUUAAUUCAUGCCCAACAUGGUGAUUUAUUAAUGAUUUUUCAAUCAACUUUAUCUAUUCAUCAAGUGAUAUUAAAUGAGACCAAUUUAAAAGUUCAUUAUAUAUUGAAUAUUGAUCAUCGUGAUCAUAAUGAUUAUACUACUGAUUAUUGGUGUAAAUUACAUCGUACAAUGAAUAAUGAUUAUGUUAUCAUAUCAGAAAUUCAAUUAAUUCUUACAUCGAAUCUAACUUAUGAAACAUUUGUCUAUGAACGUAAAGAAACUCAAAUUGUUGAAGGUGUUUUAGGUGAGAAAUUAACAGUGACAUGCAAUCCAACAACUUCUCAAAAUAAUUGGAAUAACAAAAGCGUCGUCUGGUAUCGAUUACCUGGUUUAAAAAUUAAUGGACAAACCAGCCCCAAUUUAUACAUUGAUAGAUUGACAAUUGAUGAUUUAGGUACUUACUUCUGUUCCGAACAUUCAACAUCAUUACAUCGUAACUUACCAGUGCAAAAAAUUGAAAUAUGGUCACAUAAUUUUAUGUCAGAAAUUAAUUUUGGAAAAUUGAUUACCUCUGAGAAUCUAACCUAUUUCCAAUGCCCUAAUGUAUUCAAUGAAUAUACAUUUGUAAUAUGGGAAUAUCCUAUGGGUAAUGUAAUUGUGAAUGAAUAUGAUUAUAAAUUUCAACAUCCUUUACAAUUACAUCAUACUAAACAUCCAUUACCAAUAUGUCAAUAUGGUUGGAUUGAUCAAAUGAAUACAACAAUAGAUCAGCAUACUUAUUUAAAACGUUCACGUAGAUCCAUUGAAUCAAUUCCAUAUAUUACCAUCUCAAAAAGAAUUGAUCCUGAUGAUCCAACUGUUAUUUUACAAUGUCAUAUGCCGCCAAAUGAAGCAGAAAGUGUAUCAUUUAAUUAUCAAUGGUCAACAGUGGAAAGUGGAAAGAUUGGUGAUAGUGAAACAAUAGUUCGUCAACUAAUUAUUGAUCAUAUACCAGAUGAUGGUGUCAAACGAGAUACAUCAAUAACUUGUGAAGUAACUUCAUCUGAAACUGGAGAAAUUGUUGGUUCAAUUAAACUUGAUUUAGAACCUAAAUCUCUCAGUACAACUGGAAAGAUGGAAUUAUCUGAAACAACAACAGAGAUUUUCAGUUAUCGUAAUGGUGAAUCAUUGGAAUUACAUUGUGAAUUAGAAAAAGAUUUUGUUGGAACGGGAGAAAAUGUCGUCUGGACAUUCAAUGGUGGUACAUUACCAACUGGUACUAAUCGUUUAGAUAGAUUACGAACAAGUGUAAUUGUUAUUAAAGAAAUGGAAAAUAUUCAUGAAGGUCUUUAUGAAUGUCAACAAAAUUCGAAAAAAUUACGAGGUCAUAUCAUCAGAGCACCAACUAUUGUAACACUUAGUAUCCUACCAAAAGAAGAUGAAGCAUGGGCAAAUGCUGGUGAUAUUACAGAAUUUCAUUGUCGUUUAGAUGGUAGAGAACAUGGUAAUCAAUUAAUUGAUUGGUAUUUUAUACCAGAAGGUGAUGAUCGUGAAAUUUCACUACAUAAUGAUGUUAAAAUUGAUAAUCCUGAUGCAACACCAUCUACAUCAUUUUUAAGUAUAAUGAAUGUACAAAAAUAUCAUGAAGGUUUAUAUGUGUGUAGAGCAUUAAAUUUAAGAGAUACUGCUAAAUUAAUUGUAAAAACAAGAGAUUUAUCUGUAACUCCUGAAGAGGUUAAAGCACGUCCUGGAACAACUGUACAAUUUUUAUGUGAAUUAUCUACAAUUACCGGUAUGAAAGGUGGUAAAGUAUUCUGGAUGCGUACAGAUCGUCAAGAUUUACGUCCUGGUAAAGAAGAAGUGAUAGGAACAAAUGGUGGUAGAGCUUUAUUAAUUGUUAAAGAUGUUGGUCGAUUCGAUCAUAAUAUAUCUUACAUGUGUACAGAUGGUUAUAGCAAAGGUUAUGCAAAACUAUACGUCCAAGAAGUUUGUGCACCAGGAUUUCGACCAUGUGGUUCACAAGAAUGUUUAGAAGAGACAAAAUUUUGUGAUGGAGUAGUGGAUUGUGAAGAUGGUUAUGAUGAAAUUCCUUCAAAAUGUAGUGAAUGUGGAGUCAAUGAAAAUGUUUGUGGUAUUGUGAAUGAUGUGAAACCAUUGAAAAAUUGUUAUUUACAAUUUUGGCAUUGUGAUGGUGAAGAUGAUUGUGGUAAUAAUUAUGAUGAAUCUAAUUGUCUUGCACCAAGUGUUUAUGAUCAAUGCAAUGGUACACAUUAUACUUGUCCACAAGGUGACAAAAUGAUAGCUCGAGCAUUUAUGUGUGAUUCAGUGCCAGAUUGUGAACCAAACGGAGAUGAUGAAAGUGAAUGCAGUUAUCCAAGUAUCAUUGAACCAUCUGGAGAAACACAUUUAAUAGGUCAUCAAUCAGAAAAUUUAACUUUAACAUGUGUAGCAUAUGGUCGACCACCUCCUACUAUAAGUUGGAGAUAUAAUUGGGGACAUUUAAGAGAAGGUGUAAAACAUUCUAUUAAUUAUACAGUAAUAAAUUGUAAUAUGGCAAUAAGUCAUUUAACUUUAUACGAUUUGGAAUCACGUGCAAGUGGUUUAUAUACAUGUGAAGCUGUGAAUCGUGGUCGUGCAUUGGCACCAGACUUUUUAGUUAAUGUAGCUAAAGGUGGUAUUUGUAAAGCGCCACAAUUUAAUGAUGCGGCAUGGUUUGAUGAUAUGUGUUUAACAUGUUAUUGUUCAAAUGUAACAGAUAAAUGUACAAGUGUAAAAGGUUAUCGAAAAUCACCUCAUGAUCUAAUGUUCGACUAUAAAACAACUCCAAUCAUAUUAAGUACAUAUAAUCAAGAUGGAAGUGUUGAAGAAGGUCAAGGUGUAACUGAAAUUGACGGAGAUAUACUUCGUAUACCUGAUGUUCCUAAUGAAGCAACGUUUGUUGAAAGUGAUUUUAAUCUUUCAGGUUCAUGGGUGAAAUCUUAUGGAUAUGAUAUAAUAUUAAAUCUUCGUCUAUUUGGUGAAAGUUUAAAUUAUCUUCCUGGACCAUUUAUUAUCUUGAAUUCAACAGAUCGAUCAAUUUAUUGGUGUCCACCAAAUGAUCGUUUAUUAGUUCAUGCUAUACCAACUGGUUAUGAUAAUCGAAUUCAUAUACGAUUAACUGAACGUGAUAAAUGGUAUAUUGAUAAUAAAUGUAAACAUACAAUUGAACAAACCAUUGGUCGAUCUGGUUUUAUGCAAGUAUUAAGUAAUGUGAAAAAAAUUAGUUUACGUGUAAAAUAUUUUCAAGAUCAAACUACAUUAGAAUUAUUUAAUAUAAAAGUUGAACAUGCUAUUAAAUCAGAUGUACCAGGACAAUGGGUAGGAGAAAUUGAAGAAUGUAUAUGUCCACAUGGUUAUGAAGGUCUUUCAUGUGAGAAAUGUGCACCGGGUUAUCAAAAAGAUCCUGAUAAUCCAUUAAAAUGUCGACCAUAUUGUGCUUGUGAUAAAUGUGAUACUGAUGGAAAUUGUAUUGAAUGUCCAGGAAAACGUGCUGGACCAAGAUGUCAACAAUGUAAAGAUGGUUAUUAUAGACCAGAUAAAAGUUUAUUAAUAACAGAUUGUCAACCAUGUGAUAUGUGCGGAAAUAAUUUACCAUAUGUUGUCAAGACAUGUCAAUUUAAUCCACAAGCUGAUGAUGAUUAUUUUUGUAAAUGUCGAAUAAGUGAAGAUAAUAAAUUAAUAAAUCCUAAUUGUGAUCGUUGUCAAUUAGCAAUAGAUAGUGGUGAGGAAUUACCAGUUGAUGCAAAAUGUGAUACUAAAGCACAACCAAUUGAUUGUCAUUAUCAUGGAACUCAAUUAACAUCAGAUAAUGGAGAUUGUCAAUGUAAAACUGGAUACACUGGUGUAAAAUGUGAUGAAUGUGAAGAAGGCUAUUUCAAUUAUAUGGGACAAUGUUUACAAUGUUAUUGUUCUGGGAAAACAUCAUCAUGUCGUUUAUCAGAUGAACAUUAUUUCUGGAAUAUAACAACGGAGGAUUCAGCUGGUUUCGGUUUUAAUGUUUGGCUUGGUCAACGAACCGAUAUAGGUGGAUUACAACGUAAUGAAUAUACACCAGAUGGAAAUCCACGUAUUGAACGUGAAUUAGAUAAUUUUUAUGUUAAAUAUCCAUUAAAUAAUAAAGGAAUAAUUCAUUUUGGUAUUAAUCUAAUUCCACCUAAACCAUCAUCUCUAACACAAAAUGAUGUAGCUAUUUAUAAAUAUAUAUAUGGCGGUAAAAUGUCAUUCAGAAUUGAUUCUAUCAAAUUGAAUCCAAAUGAAUUAACUCAACGUGAAGCAAGUGUUGUUGUAGAACUUGAGUCACCUCGUUAUGGACGUAUAUGGACAUUAGCAACAUAUAAUUUAACAACCCAACGUUAUGAAAUAGAAUUUCAUGAAAAUUGGUGGCCAGGUGGUUGGCGUUUUGGUACACCAUUAACAUUAUAUGAUACACCAAUGAGUUUAACAAGAAAUCAAUUAUUAAGAUUCUUAAUAACAACAACAAAUAUUGGUAUUAUAACAAGUAGUGGAAAUAGUGAAUCAUUAAAUGAUAUCAAAUUAUCUGGUAUAUCAAUACAAGUUAGUAUACCAAUUAAAACAAAUGAACGUCAAUUAUUUGCUAAUGAACAAGGUUUAGCGAAAGCACCAGUUGAAAUAUGUGAUUGUCCAAAUCAAUCAACUUCAUCGAAUGAACGUGAAUUAUCACCAAGUUGUGAAGGUUGUACUGAUCUAUCAAAACAAACGGUUAUUCGUUUAGAACCUCUUGGUGAAGAUGUUCAAUGUGGAGGUUGUUUAGGUGAUAAAUGUAAAGAAUGUUCUGAAGGUGAAUAUAUUUAUGAUAUAUACAGUGGGAAACGUUUUGAUUCAUGUCAAAAAGCUGUUACCAUUGAUACUAAAUCACGUCGUGUUAUUGUCAAAUUACGUGAACCAAUUAAUUUAAUUUGUAAAGCUACAUCCUAUCGUGGUGGUCUAGUAACACAUGAAUGGAUUACACCAAAUAAUGAAUAUGCUAGUCAACCAAUUAUUAGUCGACAAUAUUUAACUAAACCUAAUUAUUAUAAUACUAAAGAGAAUUUGACUACUUAUCAAUCAGAAGCUUUAUUACAAAUUAAAUUUGCUAAACCAGAAGAUGCUGGUGAAUAUAAAUGUAUUGCAAAAGGAAUUGGAACUGAAGUAAAAGAAACAUUUUAUGUUGUAGUUAUUGAUCCUAAUGUUGCAUCACCACCUGAUGUACCUGAAGAUGAUGAAAUCAAUCGAAAAUUCCCAUUACCUACACCGCCAAUACUUGAUCCACCAGUUUUAACAGUUUAUGAAAUAAAAAAAGAUCCAGAUAAUCCACAAAUAACACUAAUUAGUGGUCAAGUGAAACCUGAAAUUUUAGAUACUCAUCAUACAAUUUGGUAUUCUAUUAAUGGAACUCUUAUUCCUGGAAAAACUGAAAUUACAGAUACUGCACGUGGAGCAUUUACAGUUCAAUUAUCAAUACCAUAUGAAACAAUUAAAUUAGGAAAUGAUUCAAUUAUAGGUUAUUUCAUAGGUAAAGAUCCUGUUUAUACACCUCAAUGGACAAGAAUGAUGGAACCAGUUAUUAUAGAUACAGAAGCAGAUGAAAUUACCCCAGAUGAUAUUAUUAAUCCACCAACUGAGAUAACUAUUCCAUUUAUGCAACCAUAUAUUGUGCAAGUAAGAACAAAACCAGGUAAAGAAGAUAUUAGUGUUAAUUGGAAGAAAAUUGGACCACUUCCUGAAACAAUAAAAGAAAAGAAAGAUGAUGACGUAAAGAUAUUAGAUUCUGAUUCAACUCUUCCUGAAGGUACAUCACAAGAUAAAACGAAUUUGAAUAUUUGGGCUGCUGCUGAACAACAUGAAGGAAUUUAUGAAGGAAUUGUUUUACGUGAUAGAGAUGGUGUUGAAGUUAAACGUAUUCAAACAAUAAUACGUGUUCAACCAAUGACUAGUGGUAGUAAAACAGAAUUAGGUCUUGCUGAAGCAGCUGAACCAAUUGAAUCUGAAGUUGAUGAUGACGAUGAUGAGAAGGAAGAAGAACCGCCAACAUGGGAUUUUAUCGUUGGAGGUUUUACUCCUGAUGCUAAACAUUGUGAAACACCUACUUGGACAAUUGUUGAUUAUCAGUUAAACAAAACCACUGAUAUAACUAACAAAGUGAUUCGUACAUCAAAUGAAAAUUUCCGUGUUAAUUAUCCAUUAACAAGUGGUUUAUAUUUACGAUUUCAAUGUAAACCAAUUCCAAUGAGUAAUUUAACUGGUGAAAUUAAAUUUAAUAUAUCAUCACCGGAUCCAAGAAUUAUUCUUAAACCUAUUUAUGAUAAUCCAGACUCAACAUUUCCAACAAGAUUGGUUUGUAUGGAUUUGAAUCCGGAAUAUGAUUCAUCAGUGAAUCUUAGUUCAUCAUCAAUGAGUCAAGAAAUGAUAUCUCAUGCAAUUACUUCAAGUGAACAAAAACUUAUUAUUCGAAAAGGUGAUAUACCUCCUAUACGUCGAUUAGAAAUGGAUUGGAGACGUAUUGGUGAAUUUGAUCCAUUUAAUGAUGAUGGUUAUUUUACAUGUUUUGUAAAUAAUACUGAAACAAAUGGAUCAAAAACUAUCAAAUUACCAAGUGAUAAAGUACCUAUUCAAUUACCGGAGGAUCCAUUUACCCGGUUGUAUAUAUAUUCACCGGAUACUUAUGUUGUUCCAGAACUUGAUGGAAGCGCAAAAAUAAUGAUUCCUGAAGGUGAACAAUUACGUAUUUAUUGUGUAUUUGAAGCUAGACCUUCAAGUGAAUUUCAUGGUUGGCGUGGAACAACUACAGAUAUUGAAAAUAAUCUAAAAAUUGAACAUCGAAUUUAUUCAUCAUUAGCACAAACAGAUCAUGUUAAUUUAAACUUAGAUGGACAAAAAAUUGAAUGUGUCUAUGGUGAAAGAACUAAACCAGUCGAAAUAUCUGUUAUUCAUAAGGAUGAACGAAAACUUCAUGCCAAAAUAUUGAGUGAUGCAUUUAUAAAUGAUCGUCUUGUCGGUAUUACUGGAAGUGAUAUGAAUUUGACAUGUGAUGUUAAACAUACAACUAGAAAACCAGUGACUAUAGAUAGAAUUGAUUGGUUUGUUCAAUAUCCUAAUGGAAUAAGACGUGAUAUAAAACAUACACAAUUAGCAGAUAGUUUAUCAACUGGUCCUCAAGGUGAAUGGAUAUAUUUUACCAAGUUAACUGAUAAACCACAAGGUUUAAAUAUAUUUUGUGUUGUACGUUUAGAAGAUAUACAAAAAGCAACACAAGCCUAUUAUUCUUCACCACAUAUUAGUUUAUGGUUACGUGAACCAAAAGUAUUAGUCUCUAUUGAAGGACAAGAUCCUACAGGUAUAAUUACUGGCAUUGAAACAAAAACUGCUCAAAUUAAAUGUAUUGUUAAAGAUGCAUGGCGUAAUAAAACUGUAGAAGAAGCUGAUAUUGCAUGGGAGACAAAAGUUACAUCAAUUCAAGAAGAAUUGUCUAAUAGUAAUGAAAGAGCUAGACCACAACCAUCACCAAAUGAUUUACCAAUGUUAGGUGCUAAAGCUCUAUAUGAUACAAUGGUUAUAGCAGGUCUACGUAGACAACCUAAUUGGAUAGCUAGAUUUCGAUGUAAAGGAACCGAUUUAAAAACUGGUGCAUAUGGAUAUUCUGAUUAUGUGAAAUUAGAAGUUCUAGCUGGUGAUACUUUGGAACAAAUUCCUAAACUUCGACUUGUUAGUCAUACUGAUCCAAAUUCCCCUUAUCCAAAUAAGGUGGAAUGUAUUGAUGAUAAUGAAAAGUAUGAAUCACAAGUAACUUGGACCCGUCAAGAUGAACCAAUUGAUCCAGCACAAAUAACAACAACUCCUAAUAAGGCUGUAUUAAAAUGGACACAUAAUGGAAUAGAUAAAUUUGAUCCUAGAAUGGAUGCUGGUAUUUAUACAUGUCGAUCAAUAAAUUCAUAUUCAUCAUCAGUGAAACAAGUAUAUAUUCCAUAUGAUUUAAUAGCGACAGAUUAUGAAACACCAAUCACUCCUGAAGUAAGAAUAUUAUCGAAUGUCAAUGAAAUAUUCCAAGAUUCUGGUGAUCGUUAUGUUCGUGUUAUUCAAGGGCAACCAUUUGAAUUAAUUUGUACAUUCUAUGGACAUCCUCCACCAGAAGGUGGUUUACAAUGGUCAAUUGAUAGAUUUAAUGGAACUCGUAAUUCUUUAAGUUCGCAUUGGUUAUCAAUGCAAGGUUUAAUUAUACAUUCUGGUCGUCAUUAUUGGACAACAAUUGGUUCACCACAAUUUGAUGCUCUAGGUAGACAUACUGGUGUAUUUCAAUGUACUGCAUUGAAUUCUAUUGGUCAGAUAAUUGAAAGAGAUCAAGUUCGAGUAGAGCUUCAUAAAGUCUAUGUACGUAUUAAUGAAUUGAGUGAAUCCGGUUUAAUUGAAAAUCAGAAAGGUUCUAAUGGUACAAUUACAUGUAAUGCAUAUGAUGGUUACUUACAGUUUAUUCUACCGGAUGCAACUUAUACAUGGGAAGUGGAACGUAUUAAUGGUGAACGUGUUCAUCCAAAUCUAAUUGCUGAUCAAAUUGAAUUGAAUAAUAAUCAAUUGUAUUAUCAUGGUUUAUCGCCUACAGCAAAUAAAUUAAGAAUACGAUGUAUUGCAUCGAAUGAUACAGCUCGUUACAUUUCACCAGAUUUCAGUUUUCGAGUAUUUGGUGGUGAUAAAGCUGAACCAGUGAAAACAUCAGAUAUUGAACCAGGUGGAACAAGAUGGAUAAGUGGAGAUGGUGAAGAAAGAAUCACUUUGAAAAUUGGUGGAAAAAAUGAUUUAACUAAUCAUGUUACAAUUAAAGAUGGUGAAAAUGUUCAAUUAAAUUGUACUGCUUAUGAUACAGUAACUGGAAAAGAAAUGACUGAUGGAAAUCUUCAUUUUGGUUGGAGAUUACUUGGUAUAUAUGGAGAAACAGUUCCAGAAGCUGGUUUAACCAGACAAUCAAUACAAUCUUAUACAAUAAACAAUGGUAAUACUGGGGUAUUGACUAUAGAAGAUACACGACCAUCACCAAAUCUACCACAACCAAGUGCACGUAUUCAAUGUUUAGCUACAUCAUAUAUUGAUGGGGUUACAUAUUAUAGUACACUUGUAGAUUUAAUAGUUUAUCCAGAAGAAAUCCCAGUAGAUCAUGUAAAAGAUGUGAAAGAUCGAGAAAAAUUGAAUCGUCUUUCUGUAAGUGUCGUUGGUCUAGAUGAUCGUGGAAGACUAUCAGGUACUGAAGGUUCUUCAGUAAAAUUAGAAUGUAUUGCUACAGAUCGUUCAACUAAACAACAUACAAAAGAAUCUGUAAUUUACGGUUGGGAAUUCAGUCGUUUAGAUGGUACACCAGUUGAUACAACAUCAUUAAUUGGAAUAGGAGAUAGUCGAUUAGAAGUAAAUGAAAAUCAAUUAAUUCUACAAGGAUUAAAACAAACAACAUCAAUUCUUGGCCGUUGUCGUGUAAUAGUUCCAUCGGAAGACUCACUUGAUGAAGAUACUCAAUUAUCUCGAAGUGAAGAAGUAUUUUAUUCUCCACACUUUCGUUUCGAUAUCAUUGAUAGUGAUGGUACUGGACGUAGAGAUUUUAUUGCACCUAUGCAGCCAAUUGCGACAACAAAAGACAGUGAUAUUUUCAUUAAAGUUGAUGGAUUAGAUGAGAAUGGAGCAUUAUCAGCUGAUAAAGGAGAAAGUGUAGAAUUAAACUGUAUUGCAAUGAAUCAAACAACAAAUGAACCAAUUACUGAAGAGACACUAACAGAUAUAGAAAUUAAUUAUGGCUUAGAAGUGAUACGUUUGAAUGGAUUACCAGCUUCUACGUUGGAAUUAGCUAAAAAUAUUGAUAUAGACCCAGAAACUGGUAAAAUAAAAUUGAAUGAACUACGUAGUCAUUUGAAUGGUAAAGAUGUUAGAAAUCGUAUACAAGCUCGUUGUAUAGCUGAAAUCAAUUAUAAAUCAGAUAAAUAUCCUGAUCAAGGUUUACAACGUUAUGGUAGUCCAUAUUUCUUAGUCAAUAUACCAAAAGAUGUAGAAGCCUUGCCAGAUUAUAUAGAUGUAACACAUUCAAGAUAUGAAGUAACUGUUGGCGGAUUAAAUAAUCAAGGUGUGUUAAAAGUACAACCUGGACAGAAUAUUCAAUUAAAGUGCAUUAUUCGAGACAAAGAAACUGAUACACUAAUGGAUACAUUAACACAAAAUCAAUUUAUUGGAUGGCAAUUUCCUGCAUUACCCAGUGGUCAUCAAGUAAAUAUGGGUGAUUUUGCUACACGUUCUAAAGUACAAAAUGAUGAAUUACAUUUAGAAAAUAUACGUAAUGAUUAUCCAGAAAAUUUACAAGGUCGUUGUUGGUUUGAUGAUGGUUUCAUGCAUUUUUAUUCACCAUUCUUUCCUAUUGUUCCACCAAGUAGUGUAACAGAUGGUCGAGUACGAGUGGAAGUACAAGAAAUUGGAACCAGAGAUCAAAAAGAAUAUUUAUGUACUGCUUAUGAUUCAAGAACUGGUAAACGUUUAUCAAAUGUUACUUAUGAUUGGAAAUUCACUACACCUAAUGAUGAAACCAUUCCAACUGUAUAUUAUUUCAAUUCAAUUGAAAGUUAUAAAAAUCGAUUAAAAUUAGGUUUAUUAAAUACUCAUAUUCAAUUAGCGGAACAUUUGAAAUCAAUUCAACGUAUUGAAGGACGUUGUAUUGUAUUAGCUAAACAAUAUAUUGAUGAUACUACUAUACCUAUGGAUAAUAUGAAUGAUAAAGAGAAACAAAUAAAGAUUAAUAUAUAUGAAUCAAGACCAUUUGUUAUUAUUAAUCCAUUGGCAAUAGAUCCAAAUGAUUUAUUAACUUCACCUGAUUCAUUUCCUAAAAGUCAUCGGUUAUAUGCUACUGUAGAUGGAGUAAAGAAUGGUGCAGUUGUUAGUCCAGUAGGAUCAACAGUUACUUUAACUUGUCAAGUUUACGAUUCUAUCAAUCAAAUACCAGUUGAAAAUUUAAAUUAUAAUUGGGAAAUAAAACGUCGUGAUGGUACACCAAUUGAUACAGCUGUAUUAGCUAGAGAUUAUAUUAAUGUGAAAGGUCCCGGUGGUAAUACAUUAAUUAUUGGUAAUCUACGUUUAUUAUCAGCUGGAUUAAUUGGAAGAUGUAUUGUAACUAAUGAUAGUUUAACAGAUCCAACUAUAUCAGAUAUUGGUUUAUUAGGACCAAAUGAAAAGAUUUAUUCACCAUCAUUCGAUUUUAUUAUAACUGAUGAAACUUCAUCAGGAUCAUCAGAUGAUGUUAGUUAUGAAGGAAAUAAAGAUUAUGAAAUAGAUGGAAAAGAUUAUGAAGUUGUUAUUGAAGGUCUAGAUGAAGAUGGACGAUUAAAAGUAUCUAAAAAUGAUAAUAAAACAUUAACUGUAUUCUUAAAACAUAAAGAAACAGGUGAACAAAUCUAUCCAAGUCCACCAAAUACAUGUGCUGGAGUUGAAACUCGAUAUUUAAAUGGUUAUCCUGUACCACUUUCAUAUCUCGCUGAUACAUAUGAAUUUCAAUCAGAUAAUGGAAAAUUUCAUUUAUAUCAUAUGAAAGAGCCAAAUAUUUCACCAUUAGUACAAAUGCGUUUUAUUAUUGAACAAAAGAAAUUCGAUGAAGAUGGUAAACCAAAAGAUGUAAUUCGUUAUGCAUCACAAUAUAUUGAUUUACUUCCAAGAAAAGACGAUCUACCUGAACAAGUUCCAAUGGAGAAAAUUUAUCCGAUUAUUGAUGGUUUGAAUAAUUGUGGUAGAUUACCAUUAGCUAUUGGAAAUAAUUUAACUUUAAUAUGUCGUCCAAAUGAUACACGUCUAUUAUCAGAACCUCUAUUAUAUGAUUGGGAAAUAAGAGAUAUGUAUGGUCAUGUAUUACCACGUGUGAAUUUAUUAGCUAAAUCAAUUAAACAAGAAAAUAAUCGUUUAAUAUUAAUUGGAAUAAUGGAACCAAGUAUUAAAUCAUAUGGUCGUUGUAUCAUUAUGAGAAGAACUGGUAUACAAGAUCGUUAUAGUUCCGAAUAUUUUGAAAUUGGAGAACACGGUUUAGAAUGUGAACCAAGUGGACCACAAAUUAUUACUGAUAUACCUGGAUAUAUACCAAAACCAAAUGAACGAUAUGAAGUUCUUAUACGAAUUGUUGGUUUAAAUGAAAUGGGUGAAGUGAUUGCAAAACCUGGUGAUGAUAUUUCAUUAAAAUGUUUAGCAUUGAAUGCUAGUACUAAAGAACCAAUUCCAAAUGUUUCAACUGGAUGGAAUUUUAUGAAUGAUUAUGAAGAAACAAUACCAAUUGGUAAAUUAGCAUCGAUUGUUCAAUUAAAUGCUGAUAAUGAAUUACAAUUAACAAAUUUAUAUGAAAAUCCAAAUUCACGUGGUCGUUGUAUGAUAACAUUAGAUCAAAAAGUCACAUUAAGUUCACCAUAUUUUAAAUAUCAUGUCAUUGGAGAUAGUGUAUCACCUCAUAUACCAAUUAGUCCAUCAUAUUCAGAUAAACGUGUUCGAGUUGAAAUUAGUGGAUUAAAUGAACAAAAUCAAAUUAGUGUUACACGUGUUGGAGAUGAUGCAACAUUAAGAUGUCAAGCAAUUGUAGUAGAUACUAGUUCACCUUUAUAUCCAACACAUGGUAUACGUUAUGGAUGGGAAUGGCGUUACACUGAUGAAGAUCCAGUUUCAACUAGUAAUAUUGCAGUAAGCUUAGAAACAAAUGGUGAUCGUUUAGGAUUACGUGGUAUACGUCCACCACCUGGUACUAAAGGACGAAAUGUUAAAGGACGUUGUAUUGUUCAUGUACCAGCACAACAAAUUGAUCCUUCAUUAUCAGUUAGUGAUGAAUUGGUCUAUGGUUCAGAUUUCUUUUCAAUAGAUGUUGCAAGAAAACCAACAACUAUUGAUCCACAGUUAAUUCCGAUCCCAGGAAGAGAAUCAGAUAAUAUUGAAAUAGCUGUCGAUGGAUUGGAUAAUGAAGGUUAUUUAGUUGGCAAUGAAAAAGAAAGCGCCAGUGUUGUAUGUGAAGCUAGAAAUCGUACCACUAAACAACGAUUAUCAACAGAAGGUUUACGAGCAGAAUAUGAUGUGAUGUAUGGAUGGGAAUUUUCUGAUGUAACUGGUCGUUCAGUAGAUUCUAGUUUAUUCGCUAAUAGUGUAUCAAUGGAUUCAUCAGGAAAUUUACGUUUAAGAGAUUUAGUUGCACCAAAUCGUGGUAAUUUACCAUUUAAAAUUAGAUGUACCGCUGUUGUUAGUAAACGACCAAGUAUACCAGAUGAAAAGCCAUCUUCACCAAAAUUAUAUACAUCAGAUUAUUUUGGAAUGGAUGUAAGACGAAGUGAUGGUACAUCAACAAGAACUGGUGAAGAAGUUGACAUCAAAGGAAGUUUGAUCAAAGUGAAAAUUGAUGGUUUAAAACCAGAUGGAACAUUUACAACUCAGCUUGGUGAAAAUGCGAGUAUUAUGUGUACAGCUGUUGAUUCGAACACUGAUGAAACAGUUCAAGAUGUAAUUAUCGGAUGGGAUAUACGACGUUCAAAUGGAGCGAUUAUUAAUUUGGGUAUAUUAGCUGAUCAAGUUAUGCAAGAAUCGAAUAAACUUCAAUUCUAUUCAAUGAAAUCACUUAAUUCAUUUGGUGACGAUAUUCAUGGAAGAUGUAUAAUUUAUCGGGGUAAUCAGAUUUAUCGAUCGGAUUACUUUAAAAUUAAAGUAUCCACUUUACCUAAAGAGGUGGAUGUUGAAGGUGAUGGUCGUAUACUGGUACGUUUAGUGGAUAUUUCACCAACGGAUCGUAAAAUUUUAUUGAAAUCUGGUGAAUCUGAAACGAUUCGUUGUAUUGGUAUUGACGCUCGAACUGGUGACCGAGUAGAUGAUUUAAAUUAUGGAUGGGAUUAUUAUUAUACUCAAUAUGAAAUAUCAUCAUCAUCAUCCUCAUCAAUAACAUCACCUAUUCGUGGUUCACUUGGUCCAUUAGUUUCUAAAUUAGAAGAAUCACCUGAUGGUUAUUUAUCGAUUUUAUUAAAUGAUGAUUUAACUCAAAAAGAUGGAGCUUAUUUAAGAUGUCGUUUAUCAAAUGGUACAUCAAUUUAUACAUCACCAUAUUAUCGAUUAGUUACUGAAACUGAUGAAGAAGUAUCAGAAGUUAUUCCAGUGAUCACUCCUAGAUAUUUGAUUACUGUACAUGGUCUAGACAAAGAUGGUCAACUUCAAAUUAAACAAGGAGAUAACGUCUCACUGGAAUGUUCUGCUAUUGAUAUGACAACAAGAAAACCAGCUGAAAAUGUCAUCUAUAUAUGGGAUUUCCAAGAGCCUGGAGUAUAUCAUCCAAAAGCAGAUUUUCAAUUUAUACAAAAUCAGUUAACAAUCACUAAGCUAGAUUCAUUAUCUGGUACUGUUAAAGGACGAUGUAAAGUUUCUUAUAAAGGAUCAAAUAAAUGGGAUAGUUCACCAGAUUUCUUAAUUCAUUUGGAGAAAGAUAUCAUAGAACCUGAACGCAAACCACCAACAUUAGAUGAUGUAGAAAAACUGAAGGAAUAUGAAGAAAGUAUCAAACAGAAAGGUAUCAAAGAAGCUGAUGAUACAGAUGAUCGUAUCCUUGUUACUGUGAACGGUUUAAAUGAUGACGGGAAUUUGAUUGGAGCGGUUAAUGAUGAAAAAACACUUAGUUGUAAUGCUGAAGUUAAAGAAGGUGUAAACUCUGCAAUACUUUCCUACAAUUGGGAAUUGAUGGAUUCCAAUGGAAAUUUUAUAUCAUUAAGUCAUUUAGCUGAUGAUGUUAGUCUAUCUAGUAGUGAUGGUGUAUUACGUUUAAAUGGUUUACGUGUUAGUAAAUUAUCAGAACAAGGCAAUUUAAAAGGACAUUGUUUUGUGAUUGCUAAUAUCACCAAAACAAUUAUCAUGUUAGAUGGGAUAGAAAAAGAGAAAACUGAACAACUUCUAUAUGAUUCAAAAAUGUUUGGUAUUGCUAUUACAGAAGAUGGUACUUAUACAGGACCUAUUGGUGGAUCAGAUUUGAAUAGUAAUAAAGUUCGUGUUGGCGUUGUUGGUUUAACAACAUCAGGACAAUUGACAGCAGAGUCUGGUGAUAAAGUGAAUCUUCAAUGUUAUGCAAUUGAUGCACAAACUAAUGUACCAUUAUCAGAUGCUAUAUAUGCUUGGGAAAUUCGUGAUCGUAAUGAUCAAUCUAUAAUGACUGAAACAAUAGCUCAAAUUGUAUUACGUUCAAUCAAUGUAAUUAGUUUUAUACAUCUUCGUCCAACCGAUCAUUUACAAUGGAGUAAACAUUUAUUUGGACGUUGUUCAGCUUAUAGUCCUGAAAAUAAACAUAUAUAUUAUUCAGAUUAUUUCCAUAUCAAUGUUCGUCAACCAUCGAUUGAUGGAAAAACUGGACCCGACAAUCAUAUACACGUUGAGGUUACAGGAAUUCCUUCGAAUGGUGUUUUAUCAGCAGAAGAAGGCGACAAUGUAAACUUGGAAUGUCGAGCUGUUAAUAUUACAGAUAAUACUCCAAUUACUUCGACUGAAGCAAUUUAUCAUUUUCAAUUUGAUGAAGCUGCACCAGAUAGAGAUGAUACAUAUGGAGGUUAUUUAGCUGAUGAAAUUAUACAAGAACAAUUAUCUAAUGAAAUUGGAGGUAUUCAAUUAACAUUAAAUGGAAUGAAAUAUGGUAAAUGGCAUAGAGGACGUUGUGUUGUUACAUUAAUACAAAAAGAUUAUGAUAAAGAAUUAAAAGAACCAAUUAAACGUUAUACAUCGAAAUAUUUUUGGUCAGAUAUUAGACAUAAAGGUGAAGUACAACUUGAAGGAUUUGAUCCAAAGAAACAGAUUACAACUAUUCAGGGUAUAACGUAUGAUCCAAAUGUUCUUGUCAAAGUUUAUGGUACAAAUCCAAAUGAUACAAUCACUGUGAAACCUGGUGAAAAUAUCGAAUUAGAUUGUUAUGCACUUGAAUCAUCAACUGGUGAGCCAAUAAAAGGUAUGAAUUAUGCAUGGGAAUUGCGUACUUAUGAUAAUCAACCAAUACAUACAAAUCGUCUUGCUAAUCAACUAUUAAUCGGUACUAAUCUAUCGGAUAAUGGACAAAAACUUCAACUAAAAGGUUAUCGAUCCAGUGGUGAAGGUAUACGAUUAAGAUGUUUGGCUAAAGGAACUGAUCAAGUAGAAAAUAAGAUACGUCAAGAUCAAACUUAUGCAUCACCAGUUUAUACAUUUGAAACUAUUAAACACUUUGAAGAUAUUGACAAGAAACCUGACAUUGAAAGAAAGCGUUAUGAACCAAGUCAAUUACAUCCUGAAGUUGUUGGACUUAAUGCUGAUGGAACAAUGACAGCUAAAGAAGGUGAAGAUGUAAAACUUCAAUGUCAAGUUGUCGAUUCAUCUAAUGGAAUUCCAAUCAAAGAUGAACAAUUCAAUAUUGGUUGGACAAUAGCUACUGGACCAGAUGGACAACCGAUACCAUUUAAUAAUUUAGCUAAUACAAUCCUUAUUAAUAAUGAUGAAUUCAAUUUAAAUGAAUUAAAGUCAACAACACUCAAAUCUGGCGGUUUACGUGGUUAUUGUUCACUUUAUUUAAAUGAAGAUCAAUUGAUCAGUCCAGAAAAAUAUGAAAAUCAUACAGUGAUAUUAAAUUCUGAUGUAUUUGUUAUACAUGUCAAUGCAAAACAACCAGAUACUCAUAUAAUAGAUUCCAAUAUUGAAGAUGAGAAAACACCAUAUAGACAAUGGAUACCAGGGAAAGAUCCUAAAGAUGCUGUGAUUGUAAAAGUUUAUGAAUUACGACCAGAUGGAAGUGUAAUUGUACCACCAGGUGGUAAUCUAAAACUUAAUUGUUUAGCUCUUGAUGCAGUUCGUUUAAGACGACUUACUUCUACUGAUCAAAUACCACCACUUUUCACUUGGGAAUUACGUUCAAGUAUUGGUGGUCAACUAAUACCAUAUACUGAACAAGCUAGUGGUUCUAUAAUUAUAAAACAACCAUUAAAAGAUCCGAAAACAGCUGAAGAAGUUGGUGUUAGUACAAUGGAAUUACAAACUAUACGAUUACCGGUUGAUGCUCCAAAUGGUGUAUGGAGUCGAUGUGUUGUACAAAUAGGUCAGCAAGUAUUCACUUCACCAUAUUUUCAUAUUCAAUUACAAAAAGAAGCUACCAUAGAAACAUAUUCACCAUUACCAAAAUCAUAUUGGUCUGAUGAUAAGAAUAUUGAAUUAAUUGUAAAAGGAUUAGAUGCUGAUGGGAAUAAAAUUGUUCAAGAAGGUUCAAAUAUUGAAUUAACAUGUGAAGCACGAAAUACAAAAACUCAAGAAAUAUUAAAAGAGGAUCAAAUUUUAAUUGGUUGGCAAUUUAUUGAUCCUGAGAAACAUACCUAUUUAAUUCCAUGGUCUAAUAAUGCACAAAUGAGUGGGAAUAAUUUAACCUUAAAAGAGAUUGAAAUACCAGGUGAACAAGAUUACCGUUGGAAUGUAUGGGGUUAUUGUGUUGGUGAUAUUCAAGAUGAUAAUCGUAUAAAACAUUAUCAAUCAGAACCAUUUAAUAUAGGUGUAAUAUCUGAAGAAAUUAGUGAUAUGACUACAGGUACCCCAUUAAUAAGAAAAGAUGGUGUUUAUGUUCAAGUUCAAGGAAUAUCUGAUGAUGGAUUAUUUACUGCAACAGAAGGUAGUGAUGGAGAAUUAAUGUGUCAUGCAAUUGAUCAUAAUACUGGUCAACCAUACAUUAACAGUAAAGUGACUUAUGGAUGGGAUUGGCGUCAGAUCGAUGGUGAAUUAGCUGAUAUCAGUGAAAUUGGUGAUAUAAUAACAACUGAAGGAAAUAAAAUGAAGAUUACAAAUAUUAAAUAUAAUACACCAAAAAAAGGUCGAUGUCUUAUAACAAUAUGGCCUAAAGAAGAUAACUUCACUGAACAAUCACCACAGACAUAUUCAUCUGAUCUAUUCUUUACAAAUAUACAACCAUUGAAUACAGUUCCUAGUCUACAACCAGAGGAAAUACUUCCAGUUGAUGUAUCAGAUGAUAAAGUGAUAAUUGACAUUAUACCUAUGGAUAAUGAUAAACAACAAAUUAGUUUAACUAUAAAUGAUGAUAAAACUGAUGAGAUUCGUGCUAUUGCAAAAUUACCUACAACUGAUUCCCCAUUAGAUGAUACAACGAAUCCACAAUUAAUUCGUUAUUCAUAUGAUUUAGCAUAUAUUAGUGGUUUACCAGCUCAUACUGGUGAAUUAGGUGAAUCAAUAUUAUUCAAUAGUAAAAAUGGUAGUUUAAUCAUAAUGAAUCCACAUUAUACAACGAAACCAUUGAAAAUACGAUUUAAUGUUAUUGUGAAAUCUAUUGAUGAAUUGAAUAAUAAUGCAAAUGAACAAGAACCAAAUGAAUUAGAUAAUAAACAAAAGGAAUCUAAUUAUCCAUUGAAAAGAUAUCGAACAGAUUAUUAUCCUAUUGUUAUUAUAUCAGCUAAUGAAAGUGAAAUACCAAUUUGGUCAAAACAUCCUGUACCGGUUUAUGAUAUAAGUGGUAGAUCAAUCAAGGUACAAAUUGAUGGGCUUGAUGAUAAUGGCAAUGCAGCUGGAAUACCUGGAGAAGAUUUGAAAUUAACGUGUUUAGUAUUAGAUAAUUUUGAUUUAGAAGUAGAUUUAAAAAGUUCCAGUUAUACAUGGCAAUUUAUUGAUCUUUAUAAUAAUCCAAUUAAUCCUAAUCGAAUUGGUCAACAUGUUGAAAUACAAAAUGGACGUAUACUUUAUAUUAAACAUUUACAUCAAUCUAUUAUACAAGAUCAUAUACGUGGUCGUUGUAUUAUUAUUAUGAGUGUACCAAUUCCAGUAGAUAUUGAAUUAAGAGAUGAUUUACCACCGAUUCAAGAAUAUGGAUCAUCAUAUUUUAAAUUUACAAAAAAGAUCACAACUGAUCAAAGUAUACAAGAAGGUGAAGAAUCAGCUGUAACUAUUGUGACAGAAUCUAUUGAAGAAACAACUACAUCCGUCAAAGAAGAAGAAGAAGAACAAGUAACCGAAUCAAUACAAGAUCGUAAUUUCCAUUUGAAGAUUGAUUCUUCAACAAAUACCAUUUAUCCUAUGGAUAAAUCAAAGUAUACAAUUCUGGCACGUGUUCAAAGAGCAUUAGACUUAAGUUGUCAAGCUGUUUUCACUGAUAAUCCACCAGAAACUAAUGAUCAAUUCCCUAAACUUAUAUGGUAUUAUCGUCAACCGGAAAUUCCUGGAGAUGUACCUAUUCCAUCACAAUUAUUACCAAUAAGUCCACCACGUAUGGAAACAUUAUCAAUUCUACCACAAACAGAUUAUAAAAUAGCAAUAUCCUCUGAUACAUACACAUUUAGAGAUGAUAAUGCUGAAUUUCAGUGUCAAGCUUUUAUGAAUGAUGAUGAACCAGUGGAUAAAAUAACUAUUUUCAUACAGAAGAUUCGUGAAAUGUUCAAUGUAAGAGUAUUCGAUGAAGAAUCACGUAGUAAAUUGUAUGUAUUUACUGGUACCUCUAAAACAUUAACAUGUUAUGUUGAUGAUCUUAUUACUGGUGAACGUGUAGAACCAUCAAAUUAUCAAUGGGAAAUGAAUUUAGGUAAUGAAAAUGGUAUAUGGAUAAGAGAUACAGAUCCAAGACAAGGUGCUGAAGAUAUUUCUGGUUGGAGAUCUAAUCAAUUACAAUUAAAUAAAUUACGUUUACCAAGUACAACUAUAUCAGAUGAAUCAGUCUAUGAAGUACGAUGUAUUGCAUCAUAUAAUGCUACUUAUAAUACAUCAUCACAUCCAUUUAUUAUCAAUGUGAGAAAUAAACCAAUGAUUAAAUCAAUACGUAUUGAUCGUGUAAAACCAGAUGAAUCAAUAUUAGAACCAGUUGAUAUGCCUAAAGAUUCAUAUGAUUCAACACAAGAUUAUGAACUUGGUUGUAAACCGGAAGUAACUUCAGGAGAAGCUGUAGCGACAUGGUUUAAAUGUCAAAAUGAUGAUUGUAGUUCAUUAAAAGAAAUUGUAUUAACUGGUGAUAGAUUAUUCUAUUUUGCUAAUUCAACUCGAUAUAUAGAUGAAGGUCGAUUUAGAUGUCAAGUUAGUUUACAAUUAAAAGAAUAUAACUUUAAACUUAUUGAAUAUCAAGAUGUCAUCAUUAAACGUCAAGCUGCUCCAGCAAUUUAUAGUAGUGGAUCAAUCACUUAUACAACUAAUGAUGAAAUGUCAUUACAAUGCACUGAUGAAUCAUCUUCACCUGAAUCAAAAGUAGAAUGGACAUUUGAACCUUCUGGUAAACCUCCUCCUGAACGUAGAUUACCAAAAUUAAUCGGAAAUACAUAUGCUUAUGGAAGAAUUUAUAUAUUUGCAAUUGCAAGAGGUCAACUAAUACCGGAACAUUCAGGAAAGUAUACAUGUAUAGCUACAAAUCCUUAUGGAACAGCUAAUAGUUCAAUUACAGUAACAGUAACUGAAGAUCUUUCACGUGGAAAACUUCGUUUUGUUCGAAGAAUUAUUCGUCGUGCAUUUGCUGGUUAA